UACGAGCAUAUUUCUGUGAAUGCAAGAACCAUAUGACGCACAUYGCCUACCCUACGACAUGGUCAACUACCGCUAUUGUUAUGAACAAACAAGAAAAACAGGACAAAAGGAAACUCAGCAGAAACCAUUCCCGCAACAGAACCAAGUCUGCAAGCAAAACAAGACAUCCACUGACAUCUAGAGAUGUUUACUAUAUGGUGGUAAAGUAUGAACAAGAACGUUUAGUUAAGAAAGCAAUCGAAAACCAAGCAAGGUUUUAUCCCUAUAGAGAAUCAAGAAUGGAGGACGACUUUCAUGAAACRAAAAAAGACACCGCGACAAGUAGGCGUGGCUCCAAGCUGUCAAUCAACAGCAAAGAAAGAGAAGAAAACGAUGCUGGAUACACAGAUGAUUUUGAGGACGAGAGGGACUGUGCAGUGCAGAGUGCUAUGACGUCACACUCAGAACAUCUCAAAGAAGAAGAUGUGGAAAAAACUGAGGAARUYCACGAGAAUGAAGAAGAAACACCUCGUUYACUUGAAGAUGCAACUAAAAACGACAAUGGAGAUAGAUCGAACGAAACACAAAGUGAAGCAGUUGACAAAGAAAAGGAAGAGAGUUCAGAUGGAACCGAAGACGCUAACAACCAAGAUAUUUUGAAAGAAACCGAAGCUGUCCGUGAACAAAAUGAUCAGUCUCCUCAGAUAAUAGACAACUCUUUGAAAGGCGGAAAUGACCAAGAUAAUGAUGAUGAUGGAGCAAUACAGACGAUUUARAGACCGGUCAAAAGACAGGCAGCAAUGGUGGAAAUGAUGACAGCAUCAUAA